AUGACACGGUUUUCCUUCGCUUCCACAUGGCAAGGCCUCGAUCUCCACCCUCAUCCCCUCCAACGCCAACUGUUUCAACGACUCAAGUCAAACAUCCACCUCUGGAGUCUGCAGAUUCUGCACGAGCAGACCCACGCUUUCACUCUCGCCUUCGGUUUCGCCUUCGAGAACGAGAUGCGCACGCGAUACUGCGACCAGCCCUUGCCCCCGGCGUCUUGCUGCGAGCUCCACGUUGGAAAACGCCUGCUUGAUCUCGGCCGGAGGGAGCGUGUACUUGGCGUGUUUCGGGUUCAUCCUCCUGUGGAAGCCAGACUCAGUCUCUACUCUCUCGGACAGCUCGCGUGUAUGUCGGAAUAG